AUGUACGAGUCUGCUGUUAACGAUAAUGCAGAGUAUUUUCCCAAGAUCCUGGCCAUCCUGUCUAUCCUGUUCAUAAUUCUCUCCACUAUCGCCUUGUCCCUCAACACCCUACCAGAGCUCCAGGUGCUAGAUGAGUUCGGCCAGGCCAACGACAACCCCCAGCUGGCCCAUGUGGAAGCCAUCUGCAUCGCAUGGUUUACCAUGGAAUACCUCCUCCGUUUCCUCUCUUCACCCAACAAAUGGAAGUUCUUCAAAGGUCCCCUGAACGUCAUUGACCUGCUGGCCAUCCUCCCUUAUUAUGUCACCAUCUUCCUGACGGAAUCCAACAAGAGUGUUCUACAGUUCCAGAACGUUCGGCGCGUGGUGCAGAUAUUCCGGAUCAUGAGAAUAUUGAGGAUUCUGAAGCUGGCCAGGCAUUCCACAGGGCUGCAGUCUCUAGGCUUCACCCUGAGGCGGAGUUACAACGAGCUGGGCCUGCUCAUCCUCUUCCUGGCCAUGGGCAUUAUGAUCUUCUCCAGCCUCGUCUUCUUCGCCGAGAAGGACGAAGACGCCACCAAGUUCACCAGCAUCCCCGCCUCCUUCUGGUGGGCCACUAUCACUAUGACUACGGUGGGUUACGGGGACAUCUACCCUCAGACUCUGUUGGGGAAGAUAGUCGGGGGUCUCUGCUGUAUCGCCGGGGUGUUGGUCAUCGCUCUGCCAAUCCCCAUUAUAGUCAACAACUUCUCUGAGUUCUACAAGGAGCAGAAGAGGCAGGAGAAGGCCAUAAAGAGGCGGGAGGCCCUGGAGAGGGCCAAGAGGAAUGGUAGUAUCAUCUCCAUGAACUUGAAGGAUGCGUUCGCGCGGAGUAUGGAGCUGAUGGAUGUCGUCGUGGAGAAAGGAGGAGAGGACAACCAGCUGUCUCCCAGCUGGGCCGGCACGCACAAAUACACUGCCUCCGACAUCAGCCUGAGGUCGUUGGAUAAGAAGUACCCCGAGUCCGUCCUCCUGGGGUCCACCCACCGCAUCACCAUCACCACCAGCGGAAGCCCCAAGCGGAGGCCCCUCAGUAGCUUUCAGUAUAAAGGCCGUAUCCCAGAAUUCAGAGGCAGUACCUCUCAGCUUCUUAACGCUCAGAACCUAGAGAUCAUGUUCAACCAGCUGACCAGGUCUCAGUCCUUUACCAACCUCAACCCUUCCUGCUCUGUGAGCACUAUGAGCACCUCCGCCACCACGGCAACCUCUGUAUCUUCGCGGCAACAGCACCCAGGGUCCCCGCCCUCCCCGACCCAGCCCCCACAGGAAGUGGGGCUGGAGAGGCAGGAAGUCCCACCCUCUUCCUCGACAGAGCCCCUACUGAAGAUAAGCGAAGCAGUACGCAGCCUGUCGAGCAUGGACAGCUUCGCCAGCUGCAGGGCUGAGUUCGGGGAGGGCUCUGGAUACGGAAGAAAGUUCCCUCCGUCUCUAGACCUCCUCCCAGAAUCGAGGGUCAACGAUGUCCAAAGCCUCCAGGACGCCGCCUCCCUCAAAAACAGCAUGUAUGAGUUUGUCCCCUACAACCAAGAUGGCUGCACACAGUUCCCGAGAGACGACGUGGAGAACAUCCGUAGCACCCUGAGAGACGGCAUCAACCCUGUCGUCAAGGGGACCAAAGAGCUAAAGGAGAACUUCAUCAAGGGCCCAUCCACCGAGCACCCCCCUACACCACCCAGCACCACCUCUCCCCAUGACAUCAGCUUCAGCUUCCUGGAGAAUGAAUCCCCAGAGAGGGAGACCUCGCUGCUCCUCCCCAGCACAAAGGCCGUCAUCAUGGGCACAGAAGACGAGACCAGCCCCCUGUCCCGCGACAGGCUGGUGGUGGACACCGCGCCAGGGGAUGAGGAAGGUCAAGGUUCGUCCAACGAGGAGAAGAAUCAGAUGGAAGCGGCGGGAACGGCAGGGGGGGCACCGGCUGGGAACUGCACCCAGGAUGUGGUGGUGGUGGUGGGAGGAGGAGGGGCAGGUGGGGAGGGCAAGGUCGACAGCAACCAAAGUGGACACGACAAAGCAGAGAACCACAUGUUUACACCAGAGAUUCACCUGAUGCCCGGGGAUGGCAGUAUGUCCCCGACCUGCGAAACCAGCAUGUAACCCACUGGAACUACGUUGAAUUAACCUGACCCUUGACCUGCUGAAAAAGACCGAAGAUGAAUGAGGAGAUAUUGGAAAAAGAGAACACAGAUCGUGAAAGAGUGGAAGAGAUAUUUGCAUGGCAUGACAUGUGGGGCUCAAAACGAGAAACUCAUACGGAUCAUUUAUCCAAGUAUAAGGACAUUUGUUUGAUCCUGAUGUAUAUUUCAACCGUGUUCCUUUUUAUUCUAGCAACAAAAUGCACGGAGGGAUUUAUCUUUAAAAAGCAUGCAUUUAAAAAAUAUAUAUAUACAUACUAAGUACUUGGCUGAAAGCGUUCCACUGUACGUAAUAUGACAACAAAGGCAAUGCACAGAAGAAGAGACAGAAGAAAUCCAUGUUUGCCAAAAAGGUACAAAUAUUUCCAAUGUGAGGAGAAUGGAAGUAAAUACAUUGACAGACCUCAGACAGAGUGAGUGUGUAUCCCAAAUGGCACCCUUUUACCUUAAACUGUAUAGUGCCACAACUCUUUCCCUAUAUAGGGUAGUGCACUACGUAGGGCAUAGGAUGCCAUUUGGGGACGUCGCCAGAGUGUUGCAACGUAGCGACCUAUGUCAAACAUAUCACAACGUUUCGUGGGAAAUGCAAUGUGUAUAAAACCACGACAACUAUGUCAUGUUUUUGGCGUUAAUGAUGAGAUUUAUGUGUGUGAACUUUAAUGUCAUGAACAUUAUUGUUUUAAGUUUUCAUUACAAUUGGUUUGUCAUUAUUAAAAAGACCUUAGGCUAAAUGACCAGAAUAUUAUUAUUUUUAUAAUUAUUUAUGUUAGAAAGAAGGAUUUAAAAAAAAAAACUUUUCUUCCUCUCGAGUACACAGCUAUAAAUUGCCUAAAUCUGUAGUUAGUGAGGACAACUGGCAAAUGCUUCAGCUACUCGCCUAAACAUAAUAAAUAAGCAUUUAUAUCAGCAAGCAGUAUAGGUUUAUAGAAAGAAUAAAAUCAUUAGGCUGGUUGAAAUAUAACACUACACCCUUUUCCUCUUCUUUGAUUCCAUCCCAAAAAAAAUCACACAAAUAAUAAUAAUGUACUUCUGAAUGUAGCUUUUACAGAUAUAAAUUCUCUAAAAACAGUAAAAGUAGGCCUACAGUUAAGUUAGUUAAUCCUAGAUGCAUUCUAUCUGGGCAGUGGGGCGGAU